GCGACGUCAUGCAAUUCGUCCAGGAGCGGGCGCAGACGGCGGAGCUGUCAUAUGGAACCUAACCAAGACGACGACGACGCCGGCGUCGACGAGUCAUCUCCCCAAGAAGAAAUGAUCACAACUUCAACGCACCAUUUCGGCGACGGAGAUGAUGCCUUCUCAGUCACUAUCAUUGAGAGUAUGAAAGAAGAGUACGGGUUAUUCGUGUGGCCAUGUAGUAUUAUUUUAGCUGAAUACGUUUGGCAACAAAGAUCGCGCUUUUCCGGGGCUAAUGUAAUCGAGCUUGGUGCGGGGACUUCUUUGCCCGGUAUAGUUGCUGCUAAAGUUGGCGCUGACGUCACACUCACAGAUGAUUCGAAUAGACCUGAAGUGCUGGAUAAUAUGAGGAGAGAAUGUGAGCUGAAUAAUGUGACAUGCAAAGUGCUGGGACUUACAUGGGGUGUUUGGGAUGAACCGAUAUUCACCCUGUGCCCAAAUAUUAUCCUUGGAGCUGAUGUCCUAUAUGAAACAAGUGCAUUUGAUGAUCUUUUUGCUGCUGUGGCAUAUCUGCUCCAGAAUUCUCCCUCUUCAGUUUUUAUAACAGCUUACCACAACAGAAGUGGGCAUCACCUGAUUGAGUUCUUGAUGAUUAAAUGGGGAUUGAAGUGCAUGAAGCUUCUAGAUGGGUUUUCAUUCAUGCCAGCUGACAAGGCAUCUGGAUUAAGUGGGAAUAUACAGUUGGUAGAGAUAAUUUUGGAUAAUGACAAACUAAGUUAGCAAAUGGUCGUGAUGCUUAUUGAGAAAAAUGCUGAAGCCAAGAUAUCAGCACAAGACACUACACCAGGGCAAAGAGCUUCCACUGCCUUCUUUGCAUUGUCAAUGACAUAGAACGCAU